AUGGAAGGCGCCGGGUCUCGCCAUACCCAAGCCUUUGAGCAGACCGAGGGCGUUCUAAAGGAGAGAAGCCAGUCCGGCUACCGCUACAAUCAGUACCGCGGCCCGGCAAUCGAGCAAAAGAAAUCAGGCUCGUCAAAGAUCACAAUCAAGUCUCGCGCCGUGACCGAAGCAGGGCUUUCGCGUACACAAAGCACAACCCGAACACGCACCAGCCCUUCGAACCCCGGAGAGAGGAGCAGCAGCGACCUGGACGGCAGCAAGAUGCUCGGCAUGCUCCUACCCACGCUCUAG